AAAAACUCUACAGAAAUGUACAGAAAUUUAUUUAGUCUUUUUUUUCUACCAGUUAACAGAAUAAAACAGGUUCUGUUAUGCUGAUCUGUCAUAUGAAAAUACUCCAGUUUUUGACGUUGUAGUGUUCCAGGCCUUCCUACAGUGCAUACCUGAGGGUAUAGUUCAAACUAGGGACAAAAUAAUUGCAUUUAACUGAGUUUUCUUGACAAGUUUUGAUAGCUUAAGAAAUUAAUGUUUUCAAUUUUGGGCAUACCAAAUCCUGCACUUAGUUUUGCUUAUUGGAAACGUUUAUUUAUCUGAGGAUGAUGAGGAUUUGAUGCUGGUAGCUCCAUGCUACAAGCCACAAACGGAGCUCAGAUGGUUGUGUAGGAGCUGCUCAGUAACAGUCUGGAGGAUAAUCAGCAAAGGAAGUUCUCCUCCUUUAAGCAAGGACUGUCUAGAAUGAGUGCUGGGGUAGCAUUAAGUUGAGAUAAGCUAUUUUUAUCAGUGUACAAAGAAAUGCAGUACCUUCUGCAUAUAAACAACAGAUGUGAAAAGCACCAUUUUUCAGAAUAUAGAUUACUACAGAGAAUAUGUUUGUGCAGAGCACAAGCCACAGAAGUAUAUUUUGUUUGCUGUAGACUGUAGCAAACUUCCAUAGCUGGUUGAAAUGUAAUAUAAAACUCUUCAGACUAUUCUGCAAGCACUUGGGUAUUUUCCUCAUAGAAUAUUACAGAACAGUGAAAAGAUUUAUGAGAUUAUACUGUUUUUUGGAGCCUGAGAAAACUUAACAGUUUGAGUGAAAUUACACAGAUUCUGGCACUUGGAACUAGAGGAUAAAUAUUAAAAACAUCUUUCCAUUACAAGUCCUACUGAUUUCCAGUCUGGCCUCACAGUGACCAUCAGCUGUGCACGCACAGGAGGAUGUUCAAAGAGGGAUAAGUUUGUGACUCUGGAGGAGGCUUAAUGGGGUGAAAAUAUGAAUUCCACAUUUUCACUCUUCUCCAGGGGAGGGUGGGGAGCUCAGACACUAUGAGCUGUUUUGUCUGAUGUGGUUUAUUUGUUAGAUCUUCUAGCUAUACAUUACUCACUUUUCUUCGAGUCCUGUCUAUAUAGCAUCCUUGGCAGAACUACUGCAGGCCUAGUUCAUGAAUGCCAAUGACUCAUGUUGUAUUACUUACUGCUGUCUUUGUUAAGUACAGUUGCAAUUUAUCUGUACUGAGCAGAUAAAUCCUGCAUGCUAUUAUACAUUUUGCAGCAAAUAUUAGACUUUAUUUCUAUACAAUACCUGGUAUUUCAUGGGUUGUGCCAUCACACUCCUACCAAUCAGUCAAAUUUACAGUAUGUAAGUGCCUACAUAUGAAAGCAGCUUAGGAACCUAGAAGGGAUGUGAAAUGUCUACGGCCUCAUUUUGCAAAUUAGAGCAAUCUAUCGUGUAGGGUGAACCACAGUGCAGAGUAUGGAUAAUAAAUUAAUUCCACUAAUAAGCCAUAAUCUUGUAACAUCCUUAUGAAUACAGUCAACAACUUUGUUAUAAAGCAGCUAUGUGGACAAGAAUAUUAUUUAUUAUGCUUUAUUAUAAAGCAGCAGGGAGUGGACAAGAAAACUCCAGACUUGAUAUGUUGAGUUUGAUUCACAAAAUUCAUGAGAAAGAAGAAAAGAUUGUUUCCAGAAGGAAAGCCAGAAAACACAUCCCAGGGACUGCAUUGCUGUCUUUUCUUUCACUUUCCCAAUUCUUGCAGUAAGCAAAGCAUAUUGGCAAGAAAUAGGAAGAAGCUCUGGCAGUGAAGCAAGGGUUGCCAGUCAGCGAGGACUCUCCAGAUGUGGUGUAGAAUUAGAAGAGUGCAGUAUUAGACACCAGGUACAUUGGAUUUUCAAGACAAGUACUUACAGCUGCAUUGUGAGCCACACACAGGGAUGACAUAAUCAAAGGGAUGAAAGGUAAUUUCCUACAACACGAAACUUUCACAUUUGCAAAGGAUUGCUGAGAGCGUUGCUUUAUCGUCCUGUUUCAAUGGUGCAUGUAUUUCAUAUGCAAAGUACCUGAAUUCCUGGUCUAUUUAUUAAGGUGCUAGAUAGAUUUAUCACUGAGCAUAUAACCCAUUGACCUUUAUCUAUUCCACUUGAUAAUUAAUAGAAGGUGAUCUUCCUAUUAUUUCAUGUGGUGUGAGGUGCUACCGUUUUCAGCUAUGAAGUAGCAGGACUUGGAUUUUCAUCCAGCUUUCACUUUACCAUUACUCUCUAUCAAGAGAUCGAACAGUAAAAGAGGAACACUUGAAAACAACUGUACUGAGUUUUCCAUUUCUACUGUAUAUGAAUCAUUUGGAAAGUUCCCAGUAACUGCAUGCAACGGAGAUUUUGUUUUGAAUAAUGCUGACAUACUGUGCGCCGCAUGGCACUAAUCAAAGGACAUUUUGGGGACACAUGAGUACCUGACAGAUAACCUUUGAAAUGGAGGCACAGAAGCAUCCUGCUCUGACAGCUGCACUGGCAGACCAGCCACUUCCAACCUCUUCUGUUCAGGCUGCACAGGGUCCUUCAGCUCUCAGCCAAAGCAGUGCGGUUCCUCCACAGGAACAAGCACUGCCUCAACCCGUGUAUCUAAAAGCCCUCACCAUUCCCCUGUACCAGCCUGUCCAGCCAGGAUGCUUUCAGCCAAGCAGUCAGCUAGUGGCUGGCAGGAGCUGUGCAAACCUGGAUGGCAGUAACAUACCUCUGAUCCUGAACCCACUUGUUCCUUCCGAAGGCACGGAUCAGCCCCAGUCAGUGUUUCAGAAACAACUUGGGCAAACUCUAACAUUGAACAUAGUGAGCACUUUACCAGUUUUAUCAUCACCAAAUUCUUCGGUCAGCGCACCUAUCGGAAGCCCAGGAAAAUCAAAAAAUGCUGGGAAAUACAUCUGUAAACACUGUGGUCGAGACUGUUUGAAGCCAAGUGUCCUUGAGAAACAUAUCCGCUCUCACACAGGAGAGAGACCCUUCCCAUGCACCACUUGUGGUAUUGCAUUUAAAACUCAAAGUAAUUUGUACAAACACAGAAGAACUCAAACACACGUCAACAACACCAAACUACCCUCAGACUCUGACAACAGUGGUACAGCGGAGCAAAAUGAGAAAGCAACAGAGAGCAUCACGUCACAGCAAGGCACCAAAGGACACGGUAGCAGCUAUGAAGACCGGGGGAUGCAGAUGAAACAGGUGACUUUGGAGACCAGUGCUGUAACAGACAGUAAGAAACUUAAUGAUCUUUCAGUGCCAGCAACAAGCAAUUCGUCGGUAGUUUCAGAAAAUCAAGAAAGAACUCAUCAGUCUUUUAGUUCAAAGGCUGAUCAGGAAGUCUCUGAAAAAGAACCUCCAAGUUUAUCAUUUCCAGUAGCCUUGCCAAACGGUCAGUGCCAGAUAAAGAAGAUGCAGGAGCAAAGAACUCCAGCUGCCAACAAACACAUUCAGUUGCAAAGGCAGCAAGCAACCUCUUCAGAAAAACAGUGGGAUUACAAGCCAUUUGACUGCAAGCUAAAGAAGUGUGAGAGCACCGACUCAGGGUAUCUGUCACGCUCUGAUAGCACAGAACAACAGCUGGCAUCCUCCAGCCCGUUGCACAGCCUCUGUGAGCACAGCACUGAACUGGAAAACGAAACUGCCUUCAGCAGCUCAAGGUGCGCGGCCGGAAGCAGUGCAAAGGCAGAGCCAGCUGAGAAAGCGGCAGCCUCGAUGCUAGAGAAAAAGAGGCUGGAGGAACACAUUUCAAAACUUAUUUCUCACAACAAAAUUGUGGUGGAUGACACUCAGUUAGACAAUGUUAGGCCCAGAAAAACUGUCCUUUCUAAACAGGGAAGCAUAGAUCUGCCAAUGCCUUAUACAUACAAAGACUCUUUCCAUUUUGACAUCAGGACUUCUGACACCAACAGGAAGAAGAACCUCUCCCUUUGUUCAGCAAAAUCUACCUUAGCACCCCUAGAGAAAUGCAAGCCCAUGUUUUUUCAUUCAGUCCCCACACAGUUCUCCACAACGAUAGAUGCUGUGCCUGUCACACGAAGCAACUCUCUGCCAUUUGUGGAAGGCACAAGAGCGGUGCAUGACAACGCAGGCUGCUCAAAACCGCCGGCUCUUACUAAGCAGUCUGUAAAUACAGGCGCUGCUGCUCUGCUGCCUAGCAACAAUCUCGUUGCAAAUUCGGUGGAUUUUCCCAGCAGCCAUCCUCGAGCUCUAGUCAGACAGACAGCAGUGGAUGAUUUGCCACUAAGUAACGUGGCUGAUCAGCCUCCCUUGGAGGAGCUGCAGAUGAGUACCAGGCUUGGGACUGGAGAAACAGUCAGCGCUAAAAACAAGAAACACAAUCAAAGGAAGCUAAAGAUGUUCUCGGAAGAAAAAUGGCAAAUGUAUGGAGAUGAAACCUUUAAGAAAAUCUACCAAAAAAUGAAAAGCAGUCAACAUGCCAGGAAAAUCAAAGAAAGGGGGAAUAAGACUACAGAUAUUACAGGCUCCACUCCUGAUUCAAAGGAAUCAGUCAGCAGUACUGACACUGCAGAAGAAAAAGAUGUCAGGAGCUCUGCAAGUGACAGCCUUUCCUCCCUUGUGACAACAGAAUCAAACUCUGUUAAAUCAGAAACUGGUGCUAAUGGUAACCACAUUCCACACAACGCGUCCUUAGAGGAAACCACAGGCAGUUUAACCUAUGUAAUGGAGACAUCACAUUCAGUAAAUGUGAGAGCACAUACUGCAGUGAGCAAAGCUUCCCGAGAUCCCCAUGGCAGCCACACAGACAAACACACGGGUGGCAACAACACGUUACCAGCUCCAAGCAGCCGAGAGUACAGGCUGCAAAAUACUCAGUGUCAACCCAACACCAACAGAAUGAAGGAUGACUGCUUGCCAGUACUGAGUAGCAAAUGGGAAGAAUCAAGUCCUGGGAAAGAAUCCAGUACAUUUGAAUCAGAUUAUAAAAGCACUUCAAACAAUUAUGGAAACCAUAACAGGAAUCAGGAAACUGUCCGGCAUGCCCUGAUGCCCCUGUGGGUCCACUGCAGCAACAGAGAAUCUUUAGGGAAAUCCCAGAAUUUACCAUCAGAAAGAAAAAAGCUGAAAGUUGAAGUGGAGAAGAAGGAAAACAUUAUUUCAAAGUGCUACCCUAGUCCCUGUAGUGAAAGCAGUGCAGUAAAUGAAGCAGAGGCUGCCUGUUGCACUGUCACUCCAUGUCUUUCCACAGCACCAGUGAAACUCUCCAGUAAAACUGAGGAGCAAAAAUCAAGCACAAGAAUUAAUGAAUCAGCUGGAGGCACUGAGAACGUGGAUUGUAUAAAAACAACCAGAAUCCCCACUGAAGUUGUUCAUUAUGGUGACAUUAACCCUCUUUCACAUUCAGCAGGGAUCUCAAAAGCUUCAUCUGUGGGAUUUUUGAGGCCUGCCCUCAGGGGAAGUGAUUGCGAUACUUUUGCUUUGCACAACACGACAGAUAAAGAUGUCAAAACAUGUCUUGUGAAAACAGGAGUACCACUUUUCAGUGACAACACUGCUAAUGCAUCUUCCAAAAUCCAUCAUCUGCAAUCUGGUCAGUUAACUCCAGACCCAUUGAAAAAUGCCUUUUCUCCAAAAUAUAUCCUUAAAUUGCCACAAGACCAGAGAAGCUCUGAUCUGUCAAUUCUGCUUCAGUCCGAGCAGAUCACACCUGGUACUUCUGAGACACAUUCCUUAACCAACCCACCCUGCUCUUCCAGCAGCAGAUCGCUCUGUUCUCAUUCCAAUGAUGUGCUUUGGUCCCCCUUAAAAUUUGAAGUGAGACAGAAAGGCAGCAAAGGAGAGCUACGAUGGAACUUGCAUGCAAACUGGAAAACUCCAGUAUUGUGCUCACCAGUCAGUUCAGAAACAACAAAUAUCUUAACAACAGUAGGUGGCACCUUUUAUAAGGAGGAAAUUAUGAGAGGGGCCUGGAAAAACAAACAGAACAAAAAUAAACUCAAUUAUCAAAAACAAACAGAAGGGAAGUGGAUGAGCAUAUCUACUUCAUCAGCACAGACCCCAAAGAAGAAGAUAUGCUUUACUUCUGUGUAUUCGAGUGGUUUUGUCAUAUCAGCUGACAUCAAAGAAGAAAAAGUUUUACAUCAGCUUUGCUCAGGAGGUGACUCUUUGAUGACAGCAUCAGGCCAAAGGGAAGCUUCUUGCAAGGAUGCAGAGUCAACAGUCAUGGGGUGGGACACAGGUGGAAGCCCAGGCAUUCUUAAGGACAUGUCACCAACAUCAGAGGAUAUGGAGCAGACUCAGAGAUCAAAAGAUAGCUCCACUUAUUUGUGCCAUUCCUUUGGCACGUUUUAUUGCCACGCUCUCACCACUCACUGCGAAGAAUUGCCAGCACUACGCAGCAAUAGCCUGACUUCCUACUCUGAAAGUUUUACAGUACUGAGCACCAAGAGCACCUUCCCAUCACUAAAUGCUGAAACUCAAUUAACCUGGUGCUGUUUAACAAAAAGCCUUCCUCUGCCUGCUGAGCAGAAGGGGAACGCAGACUCUGCCUAUUCCUCCAUGCACAUCCACAAGGAAUCCAGCAAUGAGUGCACACUGUCAAAAUGUGACAUUUCUAUUUUCAAAAUGAAAAACAUUAGCAAGACUGUGGCCUGUAGCUUAACGAACAAGAGUUUAAAAACACUGCCUUCAUCCUUCUCUCAAGGACAACAGAUGCAGGAGUUAUGCUCAGCAGCUCCUGGUGGUGCUUUCAAAAACAUAUCAGAGAAGAAGAAGAAACCAUCAGUUUGCAAAAAGGAAAAACCAGCAACAAAUAAACUCAAGAGGAGCCACAAACAGAAAAAAAUUAAAAUCCCCCCGAAAUGGUACGGAGGAAGGCACAUACAUGGAUAUACUCAGCUGAAAAUGAACCGACUGAACAAGAGACACUGUUUUCCAAAUAGAACAGUGGAUGUUUUGAAAAAGGGCUAUUCAUCACAUGGCUGUAAAUUUAACCAGUAUAAGAAGUGCCAUUCUCCUCAGUCAAAGGUACAAGAAAAUUACCUACACCAGCAAAAGGACUCAUCUUGCUCUGCCUCAGACAAGCUGCUUUCCAUAAGGAAGAAAGAAGGAAAAAAUAACUCAGGAAUAUUUUCCCAUAUUGAAAACCUUACCCACGUUAAGCAAAAUGACAAAGAGGAUAAACAAGACAUUUCUGGGACAAUCAGGGAACACACAAGAACAAAUUUCUCUUUUCAGAACAUUGCACCUCUGGAAGUACCUAUGACAGCUCAUUCCUUUCCGUCCUCAGUCAGUACGGCCAUGCAGGAAGUCAGCAGUGAUGUGGAACUUUGCUGUUUGGUGACACAGCCACUUGUGCUUCAACGGUCAGUUCCAGAGGAGUCACAGACAAACGUUCAGACAGACUCGAUGGCAUCUUCUUUUUGGUCCUGUCCUUUUGGUCUUACAAAUACAAUCAAAGGUGACCAAUCCAUCAGAACAAACUCAGAGACUACUUGUCCUCUUUCCUUCGGCCUUGAGGCAAGCCAGGAAAAUGUACCAAAUGUAGAGUUAGAGAUUGAAAGCUUUGGUACGUUAGAUUCAAUGGUUCAGGCCUCAGGAAGAGCAGAAGAUCAAACUGAAGAAAAUGCACGUUCAUCUUCCAAGGAAAACUCAACUCAAAAUUCCCAAGCUAGAUGUUUGCAUUCACUGGGAUCAAAAGCAGAAUCUCACCUUGAGUCAGUCUCUAUGGCUAAAUUAUCCCACACAGAAUGCACAGAGCAGGAGAACUCACAAAAAAUCCUUCACCUUCAUGGAGCUGCAGCCAAGAAUGGAGCCCACCAGCAGACAGAGACCUAUAGGAGACAGCACGAAACAGCUGCUUCUACAUUUAAAAAGCCCUCAGUAACACUCAGGUCCCCUGAAUUCAAUAAUUACUCAGCAACAGCUUCCAAGACAUACAAAAAGAGAGGUUUAGAGAUGAUGAGGAAGCAAAUCAGAGUUGAAUAUGACGACACGAGUAGCGAUGAUGAAGAUAGGCUUGUUAUAGAAAUAUAAAUAGGCUGCUAGUAACACGCUUGCAUGAUGGCCCAUUCCAUAGGGAAAUACCAGGUAUGUUUGUAUUUCUGAAGCACUUUAGGAUCAGAAAAGCCAUUCCUCUGUGCAACACACAGCAUUCCCUUCUCAAGAGAGUUCUUUAUUCCAAGGACUCAAAACUUUAAAAAUAAAACUUAUUUGAAGCAAAAAGGGGAAGCUUGCAUCAUAUACUUCAAUGCAAAUAUUAAGCUUGCAUUUAUGAGGGGUUUCUAGCAUUGUUAACCUUAUUACCAGUCUCAUCUAGUGCCCAGAAGUGCUAGCUGCCAGUGGUUGUAUUAUUAAAAGCCUGCAGUGUAUUUAUGUAAAUACACAUACCAACAAUAGCAGCAGCUAAGAUUUCCUGGAAGGAUAUGGAUGUACUCCUAUAUACUCUUCUUUUUGUAGUCACUGCUGGUUGUUCUGGGAGUGACAAAGUGGCAUUAAGGGGAAGAUACAUUCCCUAAGUGUAUGUGAUACUGAAAGAGUCUGCAAAAACGCUGAUCUUUCUCCAUGUUGCACAAAUGUCAAUGCUUCGUUGUGACAGAUGACACAAGCACGCUUUGGUUUGUGUUCUGUGCCUUUUAUGCCAAUAUCUACUCCAAUAUUCUUGAUUUCUAGUUGGAAAACAUGGAUGUUCGCUAUUAGUACCUCCUUGUGGUAAAACAUGACAGGCUCUUAGAUGUAACUGCAGUGAUGCUGUUUUAUGGACAGUGAAGAAACUAUAAAAAAAAGCUGUACCAUAAAUUGUGCUACCAACCCCAAAUUUAUUGGUUUCUUUGUGAAUAAAUAAUUAGAUCAAAUUUGACCAGGUGUAUUCACUUGAUUAAACCAAUCAGCAUCCCUCACUUCUACACUAUAGUCAAAUUAUUUACUUAAACAUUUACCAGUUUUAAUACUGUGAAUCACAUAUAGAGUUUUAUAGAUAAACCUUUGUGGAAUACUUGGAAUUGCUUUUACUUCAGUUAUGCACAAUUAAGCUUACACAGAUCCUACUUACAAAUACAUCUAGUAUACUAUAGGGAAAAAAACAAAUGCAUAUGUGAAAAGGAUGCCAAACACCCCAUGGCAUCAGCUAACAGAAACAAAACCAAGAGUUUGAGUCCCAUGAAAUUUCUGUAUUUUCAUAUGUCUUACAAAUGGGACAGUUCUUGAAAAUAUCCACACAGAAUUUAACAGUUAGACACCAUUUAUGUUCAUAAAUGUACACCGUUACAGAAAAUAAAAAUAGUGACAAAACAUUGCUACUUCUGAUGUUAAAAAGUUAGGAAAAAAUCUUAUCUUUCAGAACUGAGGAUGAGCCACAAAAGUCUUCUCCCCUUUAAAAAAUGUUACAACACAGAAUUAACACAGGAUUUUCAAUAGCAUUACAUAAAUAAUUGGUGACAAAACUGCAAGGAAAGGAAUCUAGGAAUAUUAGUUUAAGGAAUUAUGCAUUUUCAGUUUCCUCCUUUACUUCUCAUUUACUGAGUGCUGAGGUUAUAAAACCUCACAACUUGCAGCUCAGAAAUACAGUCUGUUCUCUUGCUAUACUUCAUUGUAAAUUUCUGUAAACCUCAGCUGUAUUUCCACAUGCCACACAACAAGAGGACAAGAUGACAUCAUAUCUUACCUAACUUGGUAAGUCUUGGGUUCAGAGCUCAGCAAGCAUGGGUGUAUAUCUGAAGAAUGAAUGGCAUUAGCAGUGGUAUGGCCCUGUAAAUGGUGUGUUUGUUGACUAGAGGAGCAGUGCAAAAUUACCAUUCAAUUUAGAGCGAUACAGCUGAAGGAGACUGAAACAGCUCUAGAUUGUUUUUAUAUUGUUAGAAUUUUGUCUUUAUACUGCUGAGUUGUUUUAUCUUAAUGAAAAUAAAACGUGAAGAUCAAAAUAUCACUAAUACUGUGCUAGUUACUAGGGGCAAUUUAUAGAACCAACUGCAGAGAUGGGAGCUCAAGAAUGUCACUAUUCUCAGUACAGACUAAGCACUAUGCUAUCCAUGCAAUUUCACAAGCACAUCUUUUCUAAACUACAAACAUGGACAUAACUAAUGAACUGCCAGUUCCUGUUUCUAAUUGUUAGUAGAAACUCAGAGUAGUUUAGUAGAGAGCC